AGUCAGAUGAGACCUGAGAGUAGUAUCGCGCGCACUGUACUACAGUCGUCCAGCGAUACAGCCACAGUCGGUGCGUAGCGGAGCGCGGUCAGCGCUGUGUCAUCAGUUCAUCACUGUUAUUGUGUCGUUAUUGCGUGAUGUUCGAGUCGAAUGAGCUCGACGUCGACGAGUUUUUCAAGGAGCGGCACGGAGGGCCGCGCCCCCCUCCCCCCAUGGAGCUGGUGUGGUGGCUGGGCUGCGGCGUGCUGGCCGCGCUGCUGCUGGCGCUGCUGUGUCGCUGCUGCUGUCGCAGCAAGUCCCGCGGCCGCGUCAUCGCGCCCCCGCCGCCAGACGAAGGCGCCGCGCCCUACCCGCGCCAGCAGUACGCGCCGGCCGCGCCCGACCCGCGCCUGCCAGCGCCCGCAGUGACCGUGUACCCGGUCACGGGGGCUUACCCCGCGGCCGCGCCGUACCCGCCGGUAGCGCCCUAUCCCGCAGCUGCGCCUUACCCUACAGGGGCACCAUACCCCACGGGGGCGCCCUACCCUACAGGCGCUCCUUACCCCACGACGGCACCUUACCCGACGUCAGCGGCGCCUGCGGCAUCCCCGUACCCACUGCCAGCGCCCACAGCACCCGAUGUCACGGCUUUCUAUGGAGUGGCGCCGCCCGGCUGGAGCGCGCAAGCGUGCCCGCCCUCCUACGACCAGGUGAUGGCGGACCACAAGCAGCCCCCCUACAACCCGCACGCGCCCCACUAGUGGCCCCCAGCGCCCCACUAGUGGCCCCCAGCGCCCCACUAGUGGCCGCACACACACCAUCAAACAUUGUCUUCGUGUAAGAACAUUGUCCUCGACUGAGAUGAGAUUUAUAUUAAGUAUAGAUGUUGGAUAUGUAUACAGUAUGAGAUGUUUAGCGUUAAGUAUAUGAAGCAGUUCCCGACUGUCACUGUAACCAAGCAUGCUACUGCAGGCGCAGCCCGGCAGGUGGCGCCCCCUACACACUGCGCAGUACUAUUUGAGUUAGACUUGAAAGGAAAUAGUUUCGAUUACAAUAAUACCGUAUUAUGAUAAUGUUUGUACCGGAGUCGUAGCACAGUAUCAGUGAGAUAGCGGCGCGUUAUCAGUGCGCGGUCGGUGCGUGUGUCACCUGUAGCCCUGCAGUGAGUGUCGCGUCACUGCAACAUGCAACACGCGCUGUGCCUGCAGUACAUGUCGUUCUCUUCCUGCUCAGUUUUAUUUAGAUGUAUACACGCGCAACGUGUGGCGUGCAACGUACUUAACUAGACAAACAUUCGGAGGUAGUUGUUACAGUGUGACGUCGUACGAUGACGUCACGAUAUGAAUUAUAUAGAUUAUAUUAUUAUAUAAAGUGAACUUGUGAUAUGUGAGCGGAGCACACACUGCACAGCCCGCAGUACCUAAUGUCUGUGCAAAUAUGUUCUCCGACCUCACAGCGUGAGAUUGUUUCAGAUAACUGUUGUUUACCUUAGAUUGUAACGUUUGUCUUAUUUCCCAAAUAAAGGUACAUUCAGCUUUAUUUUGUAAAGUUUAAGGUGCAUUUUGUUAUGAAGAGAUAUUUUGAAUUUAAUUAUGUAAGUGGUCACUAAGUGUAUUUUAAUUUUCAUACAAAAUAUAAUAAAUGUAAUGCGCAGCGCAUGUCGGCGUACA